AUGCAGACGGGUAUAAGCUGUGGCUUGGAUGAGAAGGUUAAAAGGCGCUUCUUGGAGGGGUUGGAUAAGAUUGUGCAUAGUAUUCCGCCUGCUGAGAGGUUAUUUAUAGGAGGGGAUUUCAAUGGACGUAUCGGGUCGACUGCUGGUAGCUAUGGCGAGGUGCAUGGCGACUUCGAUUUUGGGGACAGAAUUGGAGGAGGAAUUUCGCGAUUAGAUUUCGCUAAGGCAUUUGAAAUGGUGAUUAUGUACUCUAGUUUUUCGAAGAAGGAGGAGCAUUUGGUUACUUUCCAAAGUACGGUGGCAAAGACUCAAAUUGAUUAUCUCCUCCUCAGGAGGUGUGAUAAAGGGUUGUGCAAGGAUUGCAAGGUUAUCCUAGGCGAGACCCUCGCAACACAACAUAGGCUCUUGGUGAUGGACGUCGGUAUCAUGAUAAGGAGGAAGAAGAGGUCUGUUCGAGGACGAUCGAGGAUCAGGUGGGGAGCCUUGACUAAGGAUAAAGCUUAG